AUGAGUGCUGAACAUCAUAACCAAGGUCGUUUCACAUCCUCCUGGAACAAAGAAGAGAACAAAGUUUUUGAGCAAGCACUUGCAAAAUACUCCGAGGAUCGUGGUGAUAGUGCUGGUAGAUGGGUGAAUAUUGCAGCCAAAAUUCCAGGAAAGUCAAUGGUAGAGAUUAAGCGUCAUUACGAUAUCUUAAUCGAUGAUGUUAGGCGCAUAGAAGCUGGCUUCAUCCCUCUUCCAAACUAUGAAUUAAGCAUCGAUGAGGAAGAAGGCAAUGAAUCAAGGUCGAAACAUGAUCGUAGAAGGAGUACCCCUUGGACUGAGAAUGAACAUAAGUAA